UAUCAGAUCAAGAAGUAAGGAACAAGAUGACAAAUAAACCAUUAGCAUUUAGAAGACUUGCCAAUAAUAAAAACUCUUCCAAGUCAUGGAUUCUUCAGAUGACACACCGAUUGCCAAUUCUAAGACUUAAUCGCAACUGGAAUACUUCAACAGAACCUAAUUCUCUUGAUAUUCGAACCACAGAUCCUGCGUUGUCCCCAACUGUGUUCUUUCCUUUUGAAGACAUGGAAAAGAUAGACAUGAAGUCACCUGGCAUGAAAAAAAUUAGUUUGUCAUCAUUUGUUUCUCCUCGUAGGGCUCAAGCAUUAGCUGGACCUGAUACAAUUGACCCUGUGAUUCCACCACUUCUUCCUAGUCCACUGUCAGACUGUGAAGCCUGCAUCAUGCCUGGCAUCAAAAUAACUUCAGGAAAACGGCCUAAGCCUUUUCCUCCACCAGUGAAUUUGCUUAAACAUUUGCCUAAUAGAACAAAUGGCAGCUUUUCUUACAAAUCAUCCUUUAGUGACAAAUCAAGCUCAAAUUUGUGUCCUAUGGAUGUGUCUUCAUCAGGUACCUCCAAUAACUCGCAGGCUGCAGCAGUGUAUUCAAGUAAUGAGACUGUCAACCAACUGAAUGGAAAAAGGGAAAGUAAGGUCACCAUGAAUCAUCCAGGUGUAGAUGCUUCAUUGUCCACAAAAGAUAAUUCGAAUUUAUUUGAAGAAUCAACAGAAGGAAGUAAAACUUUAGUGCAAUCCCUGCAUCCUGGAGGUGAAGAAAAAAAGCCUAUGACAGAAGCUGAAAAAAAUGACCUUGCAAAUCUACUACAAGAUCUUGACAUGGAAAAAUACUUGCACAAAUUUGAAUCUCAGGAGGUGAGUAUUAAAAUGUAAAAAUAUUCAAUUUGUACUAGCCUGUGAGA